ACAGCCCCAGGCCGCUCCCAGAAGGUUCCAGAAGGUUCCAGGAGGCCCGGAAGGUUCCGGAAGGUUCCGGAAGGCCGCAGGAUGUGGCACGAGGCGCGGAAGCACGAGCGCAAGCUGCGGGGGAUGAUGGUGGAUUACAAGAAACGCGCUGAGAGGCGCCGCGAGUACUACGAGAAAAUCAAAAAGGACCCGGCUCAGUUCCUGCAGGUGCACGGCCGGGCCUGCAAGGUGCACCUGGACUCUGCCGUGGCCCUGGCGGCCGAGAGCCCUGUAAACAUGAUGCCCUGGCAGGGGGACACCAACAACAUGAUCGACAGGUUCGACGUCCGUGCUCACCUGGAUUUCAUCCCCAUGUACACCCCAGCCCUGCUCAGCCCCACCUCACCGGAGCAGGAGUCGGACGAGCGCAAAUGCAACUACGAGCGGUACCGGGGCCUGGUGCAGAAUGACUUCGCUGGCAUCUCGGAGGAGCAGUGCCUGUACCAGAUCUACAUCGACGAGCUCUACGGGGGCCUCCAGAAACCCAACGAGGAUGAGAAGAAAAAGCUGGCGGAGAAAAAAGCUUCCAUAGGCUACACCUACGAGGACAGCACGGUGGAGGAGCUGGAGAAUUCCCUGGAAAAACGAGCCGGGGACGAGGAGGACUCCGAGGAAGACUCCAACACCGACGAGGACGAAGUGAUCCCGGACAUCGACGUGGAGGUGGACGUGGACGAGCUGAACCAGGAGCAAGUGGCCGACCUGAACAAGCAGGCCACCACCUACGGCAUGGCCGAGGGCGAUUUCGUCAGGAUGCUGAGGAAGGACAAGGAGGAGGCUGAAGCCAUCAAAAACGCCAAGGCCCUGGAGGAGGAGAAGGCCAUGUACUCGGGCCGCCGCUCGCGCCGGCAGCGCCGGGAAUUCCGGGAGAAGCGGCUGAAGGGCCGGAAAAUCAGCCCCCCCAGCUACGCCCGCCGGGACAGCCCCACCUACGACCCGUACAAACGUUCCCCCUCGGAAUCGAGCUCCGAGUCCCGUUCCCGGUCGCGGACCCCGUCGCCGGGCCAUGAGGAGAAGAUCACCUUCAUCACCAGCUUCGGCGGCAGCGACGAGGAGCCCCCGGCCCGGGAACCACAACGGGAGCACCGGGAGCACCGGGAGCACCGGGAGCGGCAGCGCCCCCCGGCGCCCGGAGCCUCGGCCCCCGCACACAGAGCGGCCUCACGGCGCCGCUCUUCCUCCACCUCCUCGUCCUCCUCCUCCUCCUCGCGCUCCUCCUCCUCCUCCUCGUUCAGCUCCGGCUCCCGCAGCCCCUCCCGGGGCUCCCGCCCGCCCUUCCGGGGCCGCUCCCGGGGCCUCUUCCGGGGCCGCUCCCGCCGCUCCCGGAGCCGCUCCCGGAGCCGCAGCCGCUCCCGGAGCCGCUCCCGGAGCCGCUCCCGCCGCUACUCCCGGGGGGGCUCCCGGGAGCGCCGCUGCUCCCCGAUCCCCGGAGCAGCAACAGCAGCAGCGGGGCCACCGCCACCGCCGCCGCUCCAGGUCAGCGCGGGCCGGGGCUGUGGGACCGGGGCACAACGGGCUGGGACAGUCUGGGACCAGAGCCGCUCCCGGCGCUCGCUGCGCUCGUGGCGCCGCUGGAGCAGCGGCAGCCGGAGCCGGAGCAGCCGCAGCGACUCCCGGAGCCCCUCCCGCUCCCGCUCCCGCUCCCGGAGCCGCUCCCGGAGCCGCUCCCGCUCCCCGAGCCCGCCCGGAGCCCGGGACAAGGCCCCGCCCCGGGCCCCGGCCUCGCCCGCCGUCGGAGAGAAGCUGAAAAAGGCGGACGCCGGUGCUGGUAAAGAUUCCGGAGCUGCCAAACCCAAACUGACCCCGCAGGAGAAGCUGCGGCUCAGGAUGCAGAAGGCUCUCAACAGGCAGUUCAAGGCCGACAAGAAGGCAGCAGAGAAGAUGCUGCAGCAGGAGCACGAGAGACAGGAGCGCGAGGAUGAACUGCGCGCCAUGGCCCGCAAGAUCCGCAUGAAGGAGCGGGAGCGUCGUGAGAAGGAGCGGGAGGAGUGGGAGCGCCAGUACACGCGCCAGAGCCGCAGCCCCUCCCCGCGCCACCGGCACUCGCGGUCGCACUCGCGGAGCCCCCACUACCGGCACUGA